AUGACCGUUCUCGGGUGCUUCUUCUCUCUCUUGGAUUGGCGAGGGAUCACAACCGCGCUGGUCUUCGUGGUGACGUACCUGUUGAGUCGCUUCUAUAGCCAUGUGUCCAAGUACCCGAAGGGACCCUUCCCGCUUCCACUCGUGGGUAACCUGCUAGCUUUGCGCAACGUGACUGACUUGCACGCCAAGUCAACCGAAUGGUCAAAGACAUACGGCGACGCCUUCACUUUGUGGAUGGCCCACAGGCCGAUGGUGAUGCUGAACAGCUACGCUGUUAUUCGGGAAGCACUGGUGGAGAGACGGCAUGAUUUCGCCGGCCGCUUUCCAACUAGAACAGCUGUCUUGCAAAACCAAGGCAACCACGAUAUCGUAUUCGAGGAUUACAACGCCCAUUGGAAGGCUCUUCGGAAGGUGGCUUUGUCAGCGGUGAGGCUGCAUGAGGAAAAAAAUGACAUUGAACGCCUGGAAAACAUCAACCACCGGUUCUACGAAAUCUCACCCAAUGGCCUGCCCAGCGACAUCGCUCCCAUUCUGGCCAUUCUCUAUCUCAAGAGAGAGAAAAAGAUGGCAGCCGUGUUCCGCGAACUCGGAGAGAUUCUUCACAGGCUGUUCUCGAAAGCUGAGGCGACCUACAUCCCAGGUAACAUCGAGAACUUUACGCACGCCAUGUUGGCCGCCCGAGAGGAAGCAAUCAAGGAGGACAAAGCUGACGCACCGUACUUGACCAAAGCCAGUAUGAUUCUUGCUACAGUGAACCUUUUCAACGCUGGAUCCAACACAUCGACGGGCACACUUCAGUGGCUGCUGCUACGGACAGCGAAAGAACAACGCCUUCAAGAGAGGAUUAAAAAAGAAAUAGAAGACAACAUCGGGAGCGUGCCACCCGUGUACGGAGACCGUGAGAAGCUUCCAUUCACUGUGGCUUGCUUGCUAGAGACGCUGAGGAUGCACCCGGCGACGCCUCUCGGAAUACCACAUAACACAACCACGGAUACUCGAAUCGGCAAGUGGAACAUACCCAAGGACACGGGCAUGAUGUACAACAUCCACGCGGUGCACCAUGACCCGAAGAACUGGGAGAACCCCGAGGAGUUCCGUCCCGAGCGGUUCCUCGAUCCCGUGACGGGAAAAGUAUGCACUGACGUCGGUCCUCUGAUUACCUUCGGCCAGGGAGCCCGCAGCUGCCCAGGAGAGAAGCUGGCUCAGAUGGACAUGUUCUACAUUUUUGUACGACUCAUGCAAAGGGUCACAGUCAGUGUGCCUAGCGGGUCCUCAGACGUUAACUGGAACGGAAAGGGUUCCAGCUUGUUCUUGCACCCUGCUCGGCAAAAUAUUGUAUACACAAGAAUAAGCUAAAUGUGCUCCGUACUA